AUGUUUGCUAUAGUAUUAGCAUUUCUACUGAUCAGUGGUGCCAUUGCUGUACCGGUGCCUCAGCAAGAGAUUGAGAGUCAAUGGAAACUAUUUAAGCAACAAUUCAGAAGUGGUUCAGAUCUAUACACUACAGAAGAGGAUGAAGCCUACAGACGUACCAUCUUUGAGGACACCUAUCGACAAAUAGUACGGCACAACAAUGAGGCCGAUCAGGGUUUGCAUACAUAUUGGAUGGGUAUUAAUCAGUUCUCAGAUCUAACAACUAAAGAAUGGGAGAGACAAUGGCUCAGUUCAAUCAUCACAUCCAAUGUGUCCUCUGAAUCAAUUGAGUUUAACGGAGACCUACCUUCUAGUGUUGACUGGAGAAACAAAGGAUUGGUGGCUCCUAUCAAAAAUCAAGGACAGUGUGGCAGUUGUUGGGCAUUUGCUGCCGUCGCAGCAGUUGAGGGACAGUACGCUAAAAAACACGGACACAUUCAGACUUUGUCGGAACAAAACAUUGUUGACUGCAAUCAUCAGACAGAUUGUCAACGCGGCGGCAACUCUGAGAUGGCCUACAAUACCAUCACCCGAGAAGGUGGUAUCGAAAGCGAACAGGACUAUCCGUACACCAGUGGCCGCACCCAACGGGUGGGCACCUGUCGAUUUCAAAGAGCUCUAAGCAAAGCAAAUAUUCAACGAUUCAGCUCAACAUCGGGCGAGACAGGUAUACAACAGGCUGUAGCCAAUGUUGGACCCAUUACUGUAUAUAUUGACGCUUCGGGCAACGGUUUCCGGAACUACCGAUCCGGUGUGUAUAGCGGUCCCUGUAGUUCAACUCAAUUGAAUCAUGCGGUGACAGCAAUCGGUUACGGCACUGAAGGCAGUCAACCCUAUUAUAUCAUACGUAACUCGUGGGACACCACUUGGGGUGAUCGAGGAUACGUCAAGAUAUAUCGCGGCAGAAACACGUGUGGCGUAGCCACUGAGGGUACCUGGCCUUUAGGUGUCAACUAA